GCGAGUACCUCUUUUUGAGAAUACAGAGAAAACCGAAAGAAAAAAUCUCGUCGGAUUCCGAUUGGAAAGCCUCUCCUGUUGCGGUGUUGGUUGCCACUGUUCCCCGGUUCAUGUUUUGUUAGCUAUCAGAUAUUACAUCGUUGGACUUUCUCCCUAAUGGAUUUAUCUGCAUAAACGAUUCCGGUCUUCCCCACGCCAGUCCUACUGAGAGGGGAAGAUGGCACAUCAACACCUCCCAUUGGAGCUUCCCCAGUGGACAGCAGUCCCAGAUGGGGACCCUGAAUCAGAUUCUGACCGGGACUCAGGAGUCGGAGAAGAUGCCGGCAGUCACCGUGGCAAUGACAUCUCGCACCGGCAGGAUGGAGUUCGAGAGCGAGGCGGAGAGGGGGAUUUCACUAUCUUUGUUGCCUUUCGAGGAAAUAUGGAUGACGAGGACUUACAAGAGAAACUUGACAACAUCCUUAACAGGAUGCCUAGUAUGCUUGAACUAGAUUCUGAUAGACUCCAGCCCCAGCAUGUGGAGCCAUGGAACAGUGUGCGUGUCACCUUUAACAUUCCCCGGGAAGCAGCGGAGCGCCUCAGGCUGCUGGCCCAGAACAACCAGCAGCAGCUCCGAGACCUGGGCAUCCUCUCUGUACAGAUAGAAGGUGAAGGAGCCAUCAACGUGGCCAUGGGGCAGAACAGAGGUCAGGAGGUCAGAGUGAACGGACCAAUCGGCGCGCCCGGACAGAUGAGGAUGGAUGUGGGAUUCCCAGGACAACCAGGCCCAGGAGGCAUGAGAAUGAGCAACCCGUCGAUGGUCCCCCCUGGCCCCGGUAUGUCUGGCCAGGCCAUGGUCCCCAGCAGCAGUGGCCAGAUGCACCCCAGACCCCCUUCGCAGACUGAUGCAAUGGACCCCAUGAUGUCCUUACAACAGCAGCAGCUUCAGCAUCCCCAGGCUGGCCCCCACAGCCAAGGCCCCAUGCCCCCCCAGGCUGCUCACCACAUUCAGGUCAUGCAGGCAGGGCGGCAGCUCAACCCAGCCGCCCUCCAGCAGCUGCAGCAGGCUCAGCAACAGGCCCAGCUCUCCCAGCUUGGUGGCCCCCGUCCCCCUUUCAAUCCCUCCGGCCAGAUGCCUGUACCCUCCGGCUGGAACCAGCUCCCCUCAGGGGUCCUCCAGCCCCCUCCAGCCCAGGGAGGACCCAUGGGCCCAGCAGCCUGGAGGAAGGCCCCUCCCCAAGUCCAGAUGGGUCAACGUCCCCCCUCCCUGGCUACGGUGCAGACCCCCAGCCACCCUCCACCUCCGUACCCGUUUGGUAGCCAGCAGGCUGGCCAGGUGUUUAAUGCUAUGGGGCAGCUCCAGCAACAGCAGCAGUCAGGGGCUGGUCAAUUUGCAGCCCCCCAACCUAAAGGUCCCCAAGGUGUGCUUGGAGGGGUGGCAGGACUCCCUAGACCUCAUCUGCCUCAAUCAGCAGGGCCUCAGGGUAACCUCACAGCCAAGUCCCCUGGGUCUUCAUCUUCCCCCUUCCAGCAGGGUUCUCCAGGGACUCCUCCCAUGAUGGGUCAGGCCCAGCUAGGCCCGCGAUCUAUGGCCCCACAGGGUUUCCCUCAAGGGGUGGGCUCACCGGGCAGGGUGGUGAUGGGACAGCAGGGUAACAUGCAGCAAGGGUUCAUAGGGAUGCCCCAACAUGGGCAACCUGGACCUCAGGUUCAUCAAGGAGGAAUGGGAGGCAUGCCCAAACGUCUGCCCAUGGGGUUCCCUAGCGUCUCAGGGAACCAGAACUUUGCCCAGGGUCAGGUGACUAGCGCCCCAGGAACCCCAGGGGGAGGAGCCAAUCCCCAGCCCCAGAGCAGCCAGACUAUGGCCCACACAGGAGCCCAGUCAUCAGCCUCCACCCCCAACACCAUGCAGGGUCCCUCACACUCCCAGCCCAAUGUCAUGGGCCUCCACAGUGGCAUGGCUGGCCAGCCCCAAGGCACCAACUCCGGGCCCAGUAUGAGCCAGCCCCAGCCAGGCCUCCAGUCCCAGAUGAUGGACCUCCAGGGCCAGCCCGUGUCCUCGUCCCCCAGCCAGAUGGUUCAAGGUGGGGGUCAGGGGCAGACAGUCCUCUCUAGACCCCUCAACCCAGGGCAGAGAGGAGGCAUGACCCCACCCAAACAGCUGAUGCCACAGCAGGGCCAGGGCCAGAUGAUUGGAGGGCCGGGGCACCAGGCGAUGCUCCUACAACAACAACAGCAAAACUCCAUGAUGGAACAGAUGCAACAAAUGCAAGGAAACAAGCAGGCAUUUGGGUUGAAAGGUCAACCCGGGGUCAUGCCAGGUCAGAUGAUGCGGGGUCCAUCUCCUAACGUGCCCGGAAACAUGGCUCAGUUCCAGCAGCCUCAGGUGGGCCAACAGCAGCAACAAAUGACUCCGCAGCAGCAGCAUCAACAGCAGCAGCAAAUGGCUCAGCUCCAACAGUUACAACAACUGCAGCUACAACAGCUACAACAGCAGCAGCAACAACAACAACAACAACAGAUGACCCAGCAGCAGCCCCAACAGGUCCCCAUUGGCGGCAACCCCAACCAGGCCAUGGGUAUGCAGGGUCAACAGAUGAGACUCCCCAGUGGUCAUCCUCUGGUCCAACAGCAGCUACAGCAGCAGCAGCUCCAACAAAAACAAGCCAUGCUGCAACAGCAGCAGCAACAGGCGGCGCAGCAACACCCACACGCUCUCGGGGACCCCAGCGGUGCUACAGGCGACAUGGGCGGUGUCCAACAGAUGCUCCCGGACAUGCAGGUUCAGCAACAAGGCAUGAUGGGAAUUGGAGUCCCUCAGCACAUGCAGGUGGGCAAUGGCCACUUCCCUGGUCAUGGGAUGAACUUCAACCCCCAGUUUGGGGUUCAGAUGCCCAUGGGAGGGCCGUGUGCUCAGGCAGGGGGGUUUCCAGUGAACAAGGAUGUGACACUAACCAGUCCUCUCCUGGUCAACCUGCUUCAGAGUGACAUCUCUGCCAGUCAGUUUGGGCCUGGGGGGAAGCAGGCGGCUGGAGGACCUGGCCAGGCCAAACCCAAGAAGAAGAAACCACCACGCAAGAAGAAGCCCAAAGUAGGGGAGGGACAGCAGCCGGUCGAGGGGCUAGGGGGUCUGGAUGUGGGGGCUGGCCUGGAGGACCCGGAGCUGCCAGGGCUGAGUGGGGAACAGGGAGUGGGCAUGGACCCUUCCGGACCCAAACUCUCAGACUUCAACAGGCCUGCAGGUUUCCCAGGUCAGCCUGGAGACCAGAGAGUCCUACAGCAGGUGCCCAUGCAGUUCAUGCAGCAGCAGCAACAGCAGCAACAACAACAACAACAACAGCAGCAACAACAGCAGCAGCAACAACAGCAGCAGCAACAACAGCAGCAACAACAGCAGCAACAGCAGCAACAACAACAGCAUCAAAUGCAGCAUAUGCAACAACAGCAAAUGCAACAGCUGCAACAACAGCAAAUGCAACAACUACAACAGCAGCAGAUGCAGGGACUGCAGGUUCCUGCUGGACAGCAGCAGGGGGUGGCUGGAGCUCAGGGUCCGACUCAAGUCCAGCCACAGAUGCACCCUCAUCAGCUACAGCAGCAGCAGCAACAGCAGCAGCAGAUGCUGAUGAUCAUGAAGAUGCAGCAGGAGCAGGCUAAGAGCCGGAUGCCCCUCCCUCCAGGCGGGCAGCACCCCCCCAGGGGCAUGUUGAAUCCCGGGGAGGCCCAGAGGAUACCCGGGUCCCAACAGGGCAACAUGCCUGUCAUGAUCAACCUCCAGGGGCACGGAGGAGUGCCUCCCUCUCCAGACAAACCCAGAGGGAUGCCCCUCAUCGUCAAUCCACAGAUGGCUGGGGCAGCCAGAAGGAUGUCUCACCCCGAGGCAGGGCAGGGUACUGGGGCUGAGGAGUCCCCUGGAGCAGCCAACUCCCUGCAAGACAGACCCGGGGGCCAGGAGAUGGGGAUGCCGCCUGGGAACGGGGCCCAACAGAUGUUGGUGAACCAGGGCCCCAAUACCCACAUGAUGAAGCAAGGCCCAGGCCCCUCGCCCCAGCACCCUGGAGCCAGCCCCCAGCAGCAGAUGCCCCCUCAGCCCCAGCAGGGUGGCCCCAUGCCAGGCCUCCACUUCCCUAAUGUCCCCACAACUUCCCAGAGCUCCAGGCCCAAAACACCCAACCGAGCCAGUCCCAGGCCCUACCACCAUCCUCUCACCCCAACCAAUCGUCCUCCCAGCACUGAGCCCUCUGAGAUCAACCUCUCCCCUGAGAGGCUGAAUGCCUCCAUCGCAGGCCUGUUCCCCCCCAAAAUCAACAUCCCUCUGCCCCCCAGGCAGCCCAACCUUAGCCGGGGCUUUGACCAGCAGGGUGGGCUCAACCCCACCACUCUCAAAGCCAUAGGGCAGGCCCCUCCCAGCCUAACUCUGCCCAGCAACAACGGAAGUGGUGUAGGUAACUCUAACAACGGUCAGCAGUCUUUCCCUACAGGCAGUGGAGCUGCCAACUCGGGCCAGGGCAAACCGGACAAGCAGCCUGGAGGAGGUCAGGCUAAAAGGGCCAAUCCCAGUAACGGCCGCAGAUCCAGCCCUGCCUCCAGCCGCAAAGUCACUAACCCCAGCUCAGGGAGGCAGAAGUGGACCAAAAUCACCCUCACAUCCCCUUCUCACCAGCAACAAAUGGUCAACCCCCAGACAGGGCAGACCAUGAUGCUGAGCCCCACCCCGGUGCCUCCUAGCCCAGUCACUCUCCCACCAGUGGCGGGGGUGGGCCUGGAGCCCCAGCAGAUCCAGACCCCCUUCCAGGUGAUGCAGGGUAACCCAGCUGAGAUGCCCAGGGAAGGGCAGGGAAUGGCAGGUGUAGAGCACCGGCAGAUGCCCCAGCCUCUGAGGGAGCUCUCCGCCCCACGGAUGGCUAGCCCCCGUGUAGCCACUCCUCAGGAGGCUAAAGCUGGGCUGGAGCAGACAGUGGCGAUAGUGGAGAGGCAGCCUGUACAGAGCACUCCUCAGCAGGUGUCUGGAUCUGAGGCCUCUCCUUCUCUUAACCAGCUGCUGGAUAACGCAGCCACCCCCAGCGUGCAUCCCAGGCCCACUCUGAUUGCUCCAGCUGGGGAUGCUGCCUGCAAGGAGAGCUCUAAAGCCUCCAUAGUUUCAGAGAACCUAACCAGUGUUUUUCAGAGCUCGAAUGCGGGGGCUACCACUGUUGCUACUACUGCUGCUGUGAACGAGCCAGAAGCUAACCCCAAGCCUAGCUCAACCCCCAGCCCAAAACUCCCAAAUCCAGUCGGUAAUCCUAACCUGCAGCGCAAUGCAAAUACCAAUCUGAAUGCUAAUCCCGGCCCUAGCCCCAAUCUUAACCAAACUGACAGCCCCAACGUCAACUCUAACUCUAGCCCCAGCGCCAAGCCUAGCACCCCUAGCCCUAACUUAAACCCUACCAUUACCCACGGCCCUACUCUAAACCCUACUCCUAGUUUUAGCGUCAGUGUGGGUGCCAGCGUCAGUCACAGUAGUCCCCUCCCCAACAUUACCUCCAGCCCCAAACCUAACCCAAACCCUGCCAUUAGCCCCAAACCAACCCCCAGUCCCAAACCUAACCCAAACCCUGCCAUUAGCCCCAAACCAACCCCCAGCCCCAAACCUAACCCAAACCCUGCCAUUAGCCCCAAACCAACCCCCAGCCCCAAACCUAACCCAAACCCUGCCAUUAGCCCCAAACCUAACCCAAACCCUGCCGUUGGCCCCAAACCAACCCCCAGCCCUAAACCCUCGACCAAUAUCCCCACUGUCCUGCAGAUCCCUGCAUCAUCUGCCACCAUCUUCCCCAACCAGAUCAGUUACACCCCAGCUCCCACCCCCCAGGCCCCCCCAGGUGUCAUCUCCGCUAUGGUGGCAAUGCCCAAAAAGAACAUCAGACCCCAGCAGUCCAGCCAGCAGACCCGUGGCCCCCACACCCAGUUUAUCACCACUCCUGUGUUUAACACCGGUACUCCCAUCUUCCACAUCCCUACAGUGUCUGUGGCCCCCAACGCCACGGUAGUGUCCCAGCCGGUCACCAUGGUAAAGCCCAUACAGGUGUCCACCACUAACAUCCAGCUCACUGCUGCUCCAACCCAGGCCCAAGCCCCGGCCUCGACUCAGGCUGCUGUGGUCAGUGUGGCUAGCUACCAGCCUGCCCGAACGCUAGUUGGGCAGGUCCAGAUGGCCACUAGACGUGCUUCCCCUGUCCCUGUUAGUACUCUGCCUCGACCUCAGCAGCAAAAGCCUGGCACUCCCAAGUCGGAGACCCCGGGUGAGGCGCCCCCUGGCCAGAAAUUGAGCCCACCAGUUGGGCAGCCAUCCCCCCAUCCCAGCCUCUCUCCCACAGCCUUGGCGUCUGCCUCGUCUUCCGUCCAACAGCCCCUAGCGUCCCCUCCUCCAUGCUCCAGUCCUGGUGUCCCAGCCAGCGCCCGGAAGAGCCCUAUGUCCCCCCCCUUGCCUGCCCAGGGAAAGCUUGCCCAGGGAAAGCCUGCCGAGGGAAAGCCUGCCCAGGCUCCUGGCUCUGCACCACCAGUGGGUAAUCGACCAGACUACCAGCAGGUUGCUGAAGCACGGGCUGCCCAACCUUUAGAGGGGACUUCCCAGCCCCAGAGGGGGCCGAACUGGGCAGUGCCCCCUCACGCCUUCCCUCCACCCCCUGCAUCUGUCAUCCAGACUCGGACCACAGUGUCUGGAGCACAGACACGGACCACAGUGUCUGGAGCACAGACUCGGACCACAGCUGCUGCUGUUCCUCUGAAAGUCACCACUCCUCCAGUAUCAGCGCCAACUCCUGUCCUUGCUCAAUCUGCUGCACCAGCCCAGUCCUGUCUUCCUGCCUCUACUACUACCACCCCUCCCCCAGUAUCAGUACCUGUCACCACCCGAACCUCUACUACUGCCCCUGUUCCUACCCCUGCUACGUCUCUCCCUGCUCCUUCUUCAGCCUCAGUCCCAAGUCCAUCCACAUCCACCUCUCCUGUUGCUGCCGCCCCUGGACCCCCCAACCCCCCCGGUCCCUCCCCAGCCAUAUCCUCCCUAGUGGCCCCUACCCCUACUGGGGCUCAGCCUGCCCCCACAGCCAUGGAGCCUCCCAGCCAGCCAGCCCCACUAGAGCCCCCAGCACUUGCAGGCAACACCCCAGUGUCAGUCCAACCUGAACCUCUACAGCAAGAGGAGCCUGCUGCUACGGAGAAGACUGCAGAAGUUGCCACAGUAACCGAGCAAGGAUGGGCAAAGAAAAGAAAGACUCCCGUCAACUUAGUCCCAAGGGCUGCUGUGGAGAAGCCGAAAGGUCCCAGCAGACGGAGCUCGCGGGCUGAAAAGGAGGUGGAGGAGGAAACGGUGGCAGACGGCGUGCAGAGGAAGAGACCAGCCAGGCCUGGAGCCAGCGCUAUGGUUGCUGCUAAAGAAACCGGUGCCAGUCCUACCCAGGCUAAGAGAAGGAAGUCUAAAUGACCACAGUAGUGAAACCCUGUGAACUGUAAAUGUGUUUUUCUGUCAAUCAUUCAAUGAGUUUAUUUUCUCCCCGAUUAUGAAUUCUCAAUGGAGAAAAUAACCAUGUACAGAUAAUUGUUUGAAAAUAAUUAUGUUGAUGUUUUGUCCCAGCUAUCAUGUGAGGUUGUAGCUAGUGUGUGUUUGUGCGCGUGUGAAUGUGUUUUGUUUUUAAACAAUUAUGCUGGAUUAAUCAUGUGAAGACUGAUAAUUGAAGGUGUCUCAAUUGUAUAAUUAUGUUGUGAAACUUAUUAAAAUGUUCUGCUACUUAA